CAGCACUACCACUUUUAUUUUUGUUUAUUUGACAUUUGUGUAUUGUUUUCAAAGUAAAAGUCAAAAUUGUAAAUUCAAGGCUAAAAUAUUUUUGAGGGUCUUUCUGGACGACGAAGGGAGUCACAUUCGAAGAGUGAAUGUCAACAUGAAUAGCAGGAAUAAACGAUCGCGAUUAGAAUUGUCUGUAGCGCCAGCGAAUAUUGAUGCGGGCAUCAAUAAUAGCUGUGCAGUUAAUGCAGCCCAGGUUGAUACAAACAGUAUUGGUGGCACGCACAAUAUCUUUUUGAGCAAUACUUCCAACUCAGAUGCCAGCGUCACUGGUUCACUCAGCAUGUUACCCUCAAAUGUGUUUCUAACCAUCUGUGAUGAGAACUCAAAUGAGUCGCAGGAGUAUUUGACAAUUGGUAGCACAUUGGCGCAAAUUAAGCAAGAACAUGAAGAAGCUUUAUGUAUUGCUAAUGUGAGUAGUAGUAGCACUCAAGCGACACAAACAUUACCACUACAAUAUCGGCUAAUUAAUCAAAUACAUCGCCAGCAGCCUAGCGUAGAAAAUUUAACGAGCGGCAAUCUUGUCAAUGAUAAUCUCUCAACAUCGCUAAAUGCAACGCUGCCAAUGCAACUCUCAAAUGGAUGUGAAAUUUAUAUUGUAAAGGAAUAUGUUGACAACAUGCCCACCAUACUCACCGAGGACAGUGAGAUUUUACAGGAUCCGCCUAGUCCACCUCUUCCAUGCACACCAACAACAACAACAUCAAUAAAAUUAGAGCCUGACUCCAGUAUGACUUCCACGCCUACUACAACAACAACCACUAAUACGCCCACAGCCAUCGUAAUGAAUGGCGUGCAAAUUCUGCGUAAUACCAAAUUGCCUUGUGCAAUUACAACUAAGUCAACACAUCGCUCUAGUAAUGAAGGACAUAUUGCUACGCAUAGAAAUGUGUUGCCUGUGGCCAGCAUGAGCGCCGCUAACGAUAUGCAGGGCAAUAAUACAAAACGUAGCUGUAUUUUGGAGGCGUAUAAAAAGCGUGAUGAUAAGCGACGCGCAACACAUAAUGAAGUAGAGCGCCGACGACGUGAUAAAAUAAACAAUUGGAUUUUCAAACUUAAAGAAAUGUUGCCGACAGAGGGUGUUUCUAACAACAACAAUAGUAGUCACCAGAAUAAUACAAUGGAGCAAAUGACACCAAAGAUAAACACCAACAAUGGUGGUGGUAUUAAUAAUAAUAAUAAUAACAACAACAAUAACAACAGCAAUAGCAGUAAUCGUACACCGCCCAGCGAUUCCAAAUCACAAAUAUUAAUAAAGGCUUGCGAAUAUAUCAAAACCAUGCAGGACGAAAUCAAGAGUCUACGUGAGUGCCUUAAUGAAAACGAGAACCUGCGCCUGAGUAAUCAGCGUUUACAAAAUGAAUUACAAAAAUUACAGAGUGAGCAGGCGAGCGCCACUUUGCAUACACGCAAUUUCAACAGUAAUUUUAAUAUCACCUUAAAUAGUUUAAAUAGCAAUAACAAUAGUAAUGGAAGCGGCUGCGCUGGUAGCGCUAGUAGUAGCCCUGUUGAGAAUUGUAGUAGUAACAGUAAUAUUUUCAGCACCCUCAAUAUAACACCGCAUGCAAGCAGUACGAAUGCGUUUACGAAACGUGAAUUAAUUAUACGAGAUUAUGUAGAUUAAGAAAAAAAUCUAGUGCAACUCUUAUCGAAUUAUAAAUUACUAAUAUUUUAUUUUUUUAAAUCAAUUUUAUUAGUUGAAACACUCAUUGCUCAUGAGUGCUAUAAGAAUUUACUAGAUGAAUGUAUAAAUUCAUUCAUACAUACAUAUAAAUUACUGUUAUCUACCAAAAUAUACUGUUUUUUUUUAAAGCGUUAAAAGCAAGUUUAAAGCAAAGUAACCUAAUAUGGUCUAAAACUAUCAAAUUCAAAUGUAGUCAAAAACUUAAAUAAAUGUACUAAUUACUAUGUGCUUCUCUAAUACAAUAAUUCUUAAACAUAUACAUGCAUAUAUACUUCAAUACUUAGUGCAAAAAAGCAAAAUCAAAGUUACUUCUACACUAACUAACAAUAUCCUUUUUCCCUAUCUAUUACAUAGAAACGUAACUAAAUAUAAUUCAAAUUCUUUUUAUUGGCUUAAGAUAAAUUUGUGUUCCUCUAAGCAAAAUGUAUAACCACAUUUGUGUAAGCAUAAGUUAAUCUUGGCAUUAUGCAUGUUAGUAUGUUAAAUUAUGCUUUGCAUAAUUAAAAAAAAGUGUUGAUGAUUUUAUCUACUAUUAAUUAGCUUUAGCAUAUUCUUUUUCACCAAAUAAAUUAUUGAAAAUGUAAAAAUCGUGAAAAGAACACACUUUUAAACAAGGCUUUCAUUUUUGUAAAUUAUAUGCUUUUAUUUGUUGUUAUACAUACAUGUAUAAUA